ACCCUACCCACACCUAUCAACUAUCAAAGACUACACAUAAACACAAUGAAUCCACAGCUCAAACCAGUGGAAAAGAAACGGAUUCCACCAACAGCUGUUGAUGUCCAAAACCUCCUGGCUGCGAUUCGCAAGGUCGAGCAACGCCACAAAGUGCGCAUUCCCCAUGACAAUCGACAGACAGAAGCACCGGACAAUUCGCCCACGAGAAAUCCCCUUCGCUUAAGAGAAGUCCUUGAUGCCCUGGCAGCCUUUUGCGUCUCCAAGCCCAAGGAAACUAUUGCAAUUUCCGUGGAGUGGAAGCAGCUACCUGAGAUGAGGAUUGUCUUGUUCAUUGCGAAUAAUGAUGAAGUCGAGGAUGAAACCCAACGGCAUCUUGGGGAUAUGUGGCGUCUUAUGCAAGCGAUGGCAUCUGUCUAUCGACAAAACCUACUUGAUUCUGAGAAGGAUAGUGAACUGGAGGAUCUGAGCCACCGGUUUUCAGAGCUCUGUUUAAACUUCUCCUUUGACAAGUGGAAGCAUCGUCUUAAUUCGAAGCUUUCUGCAUUGCUUUCAAUUAGCAUCGUGGAUUUGCCAGACACUGAUCCAUUUCUUGCUGCCCGUCAACACAUCCUAGGUCUGGCUCUACUGUAUACCCGCGAGAAUGCAAAAAUUGGAAAACCAGAGGACAGAGUGAAAUGGCGACAGUUCACCGUCUACCUCAGAGAAACUCAAGACGCUAUCGAGGCAUUUUUACAAACAGAGCCCUUCCAUGGCCCAAACAGUGGACGAUUUGUCGAGUUUCCAGCUCUUGAAAAAUACCUCCGCAAGGUCACGACGCCGCUUAACCAGCUUAAUGCGCUGAAAGCUGCGACGAGAUCCCCCCAGUGCAGGAAGCUGUUCAUGUGCCCAUUUGAUAUCAAAGCACUUUCCUCCACAGCAAAAGUUGCCACCGUUCCCAACACCGCCAAGGACUGGGAAGGAGUUUUCGAAAUGGCGGCGAGUGUCCAUCGAGAGGAAUACUUGAUGGACAUGGAUGUGGUUACAGAAGAAUGCCAGCACAUAGCAAGGGAAGCGGUUAGACGGCAUGUCUCAGUACACGCUGAGGUUAAACUUGCGGUUCACGCAAUACAAACUAAAAACGAGUCCUACACUUAUAUCGGCGUUUCUAAACUGUCUUGCCGCGGCUGCCAGGUAUUCCUAUCAGCACUCAACGCUGUCCACAAUAAACGUUUCUUCACAAAAGGAUCUCAUGGCAAAUGCUACUAUCCGUGGCAGUUUCCCCAGAACUUUUACUGCAGCGAAAUGGUAGCAGCCAAAGCAUACCGGUCCUUGGCGGAAUCCUGGGUCUCUACAUAUCAUGGAUAUCGUCUAAAACCGGUGGAUUCAUCAGCAAAGUCUUAUAAACCAACCCCAGAAACUGGACUGCGAAAACCCGGCGAGAACUUUAUUUCCCUCAAUGACUUGGUCAAUGCUAUGUCAGACGAGGAAUGAACGUUCUUACUUUUUCCGAUACAUGGUUUCUUCCGGGUUAGUGAAAUUAUGCUUCAGAAAUGCCUGUUUUAGCUAGUCAUUUGUUUCAUUUAUUAAAAAUCUCUGAAAAGUGUUGCUUUCAACCAUUCUGAUAUUUGUUGCAUUAUUCAAGUUUAUUCAGAAUCCACCGAUGUGCUCAUCCAUACAUCAUCCCGACAUCACCACAACUGCCUGCACACUUAAACAACUAUACAUCCA